UCUAGCAGAAUUAUUGCAUAGAGAUAUCCUCAAAAUUAAAAUUGCAAGAAAAAAUAGAAUAUAUAAUGGACAGUAAUAAUAAUAAUAAUGAUCUGAUUUCAAUAGGAAAAGCCAUAGGUGUUUUGGGAGCUUUGAUGUUGUCAUGGAAGAUUGUGAAGCACAUGAGGAGCUUAUUGCUGCAUUUUGACAAGGAACCUCUCACUGUUCUUGUCACAGGGGCUGCAGGUCAAAUAGGAUAUUCCAUCAUUCCGAUGAUAGCAAGAGGAGAAAUGCUUGGAUUCGACCAACCUGUCGUCAUCCACAUGCUUGAUAUCGAGCCCGCCUCCGAGGCUCUCAAUGCUCUCAAGAUGGAACUCAUCGAUUCUGCUUUUCCUCUUCUUACAAGCAUUGUGGCUACGACGGAUGUUGCCGAAGCUUGUAGUGGUGUAGAUAUCGCGAUUAUGUUGGGAGGAUUCCCCCGAAAGGAAGGGAUGGAGAGGAAGGACGUCAUGUCGAAGAAUGUUGCUAUUUUUAAGAAUCAAGCAUCGGCUCUAGAGAAGUAUGCUUCCUCGGACUGUAAAGUCUUGGUGGUUGCCAAUCCGGCCAACACCAAUGCCCUAAUUUUGAAAGAGUUUGCUCCUUCGAUUCCAGAGAAGAAUAUCACUUGCCUCACGCGGCUCGAUCAUAAUAGAGCCUUAGGACAAAUAUCCGAGAGGCUAAAUGUUCAUGUAAGUGAUGUUAAGAACGUAAUCGUAUGGGGGAACCAUUCCUCGACUCAAUAUCCUGACGUGAAUCAUGCAACGGUCAAAACGUGCAAUGGCCCAAAACCCGUAAGAGAACUUAUUGGGGAUGACAAAUGGUUAAAUACGGAAUUCAUAACGACCGUGCAACAAAGGGGUGCGGCAAUAAUCAAAGCAAGGAAGCUCUCGAGUGCAUUAUCGGCCGCAAGCGCCGCAUGUGACCAUAUGCGCGAUUGGAUCCUCGGAACACCAAAGGGAAGUUGGGUGUCAAUGGGAGUGUGUUCUGAUGGAUCAUAUGGGAUUCAACCUGGCCUCAUUUACUCAUUUCCAGUUACAUGCGACAAGGGAACAUGGUCCAUUGUGCAAGGGCUGAAGAUUGACGAGUUUUCCAGAGAAAAAAUGGAUGCAAGUGCCUCGGAGUUGAAGGACGAAAAAGCCCUUGCUUAUUCGUGCCUUCAUUAGAAACAGAUAAUUGGAGCUGAGAGUUCUCCGCUCCAAAAAAAAAUAAUAAUAAGGGUCGAGGAUCCGAACACAUGUUUACGUAAUUUUAUAUCAAUAUUAAUUAACUUAUCAAAAUAAUAAA